UGGAUUCCUGUCACCAAGCUUGGUCGCCUGGUCAAGGAUAUGAAGAUCAAGUCUCUUGAGGAGAUCUAUCUUUUUUCACUUCCAAUCAAGGAGUCGGAGAUCAUCGAUUUCUUCCUGGGGUCUUCUCUGAAAGAUGAGGUUUUGAAGAUCAUGCCUGUCCAGAAACAGACUCGUGCUGGUCAGCGUACCAGGUUUAAGGCUUUUGUAGCUAUCGGGGACUACAACGGCCAUGUCGGUCUUGGUGUUAAAUGCUCUAAAGAAGUUGCCACUGCUAUUCGUGGGGCAAUCAUUCUGGCUAAAUUGUCCAUCGUACCAGUACGACGAGGCUAUUGGGGGAACAAGAUUGGCAAGCCCCACACUGUGCCUUGCAAGGUCACUGGCCGGUGUGGAUCUGUCCUGGUGCGUCUGAUCCCAGCCCCCCGUGGUACAGGGAUUGUGUCUGCCCCUGUGCCCAAGAAGCUGCUGAUGAUGGCUGGUAUUGAUGACUGUUACACCUCGGCCAGGGGCUGCACUGCCACCCUCGGCAACUUUGCUAAAGCCACCUUCGAUGCCAUCUCCAAGACAUACAGUUAUCUGACUCCUGACCUCUGGAAAGAGACUGUGUUCACCAAGUCUCCUUACCAGGAGUUCACUGAUCAUCUGGCUAAGACCCACACUAGAGUCUCUGUGCAGAGAACCCAGGCAGCUGCUGUGGCAACAACUUAAGUGGUUUUUGUACAAGACAAUAAAGUGAUCAGUGAACAAGAAA